GUUCAAGUCCCAGGUCGCGUCCAUGAGCUUGGCAUUGCAAGCGAAGCACUUGCGCGCUCAGACGGCGGCCUUCCUCGUGGAGCUUGAACGCAGCCGAGGUUUCCCUGAGGUCGCCCAGGCAUGCACAGAAUUGCAGAGUGCUUUGGAUGGAGCUUUCGAUAUAGAGGCAGCGGGGCGGCGCCUUCCGAAACCCCGCCGCCGCGGUGUUUCAGAGCGGGCGCAGCCAGAGCGAUUGAAACGCAAAGUCAGAGAUCUGCGCAAGGAGAAGCGCGAGGCCAAAGAGAAGGCCACCAAUGAGAAUCCAGCGCGGGGACUGGCGAAUAGGGUGGCCAACGUUUGGCACGUGCGCACGAUGCUGGCCGAUACUUACAUUUCAGCCGAGGUGUUGGCUGACGUUUGUCGGCAGUUCACUGUGGAAGAAAAUUCAUCGAUCAGCGCUUCGCAGGUCGGGAGGGUCCGCGACGCUGGGGCCGAGAUAUUAAAGGACAUGCUGGGCGACGCUUUGGCCAAGCGGAUGGCUGGUGCGAUCGCCGAGGCUCGCCUUGUGGGCCAUGCGCUCCCAACUGUGUACUUGGUCCAUGUGCACGAUGGUGCAGAUUUGCGUCUGCGUUCUCAGUCUGCAGCGCAGCUGGGGGAUGUGCACAUGGCGCUCCCGCGCAGCUCUUUGCGCAUGUCACGAAGCCGGAGCUCUUCCGUGCAGAACCACUGCUUGAAGAUUUCGUUUGCGGGCGAAACGUAUCCGUGGUUUACGGACCUUCAUGCUUUGGAGAACAAAUCGGCUGCGAGCAUUGCGACCAGUGUGAUACGGGUCGUGUCUGCCGCUGUGUCGGCGCUCCUCCGAGAUUCGGCGGUGCUCCUCGGCGGGCGGCAGGUUCGCUUCGUGCACCUGUGCACCGCGGACGCUGCUUUCGCCAACGAGGCAGCGAUGCGGAUCGUGGCUCUUUUCUUUAUGCAGGAUUUCGAGCUGGCCAAUCGCAUCACGUACAGGUUGAUUUUAUACCGGUGUGCGUCUCACAAGGUGAACUUGGCCGUUCAGUUUGCAAUAUGCCGCCAGAGACUUCGGAACCCCAUGCGCUCGCAUCGUCUGUGCUGCAACGCAGUUCGGCUGUUCAAGUAUCUCACGCCGCCUUACGCCGACCACUUCGGCAUGCAAUUGCGGGACCACAUCAUUAGGGGCUUCGAGAUUUUCGAGCGCGCCGCACUGCCUGAUGACCAGCGGCCAGACUAUGGGCUGCGGCGUUUGUACGGCGACGACGUCAUCACGCCGGAGAUCGCCAAGUUGCUGAACGUGGAUUUCCGCCGUUUGGAAAUGGCGUGCCCGCCGGGGGCGGAGUUGCGCGAGAUGCGCGGCCUGCUGUAUUCUGAGUUGUAUAGAUCGAUAAUUCGGGUGGAGAACCACCCCGUGAUCACGCGAUUUUUCUUGUUCACAGAUUGCGCCUUUGCCAUUCUGCGAGCUCAACGGUUGCAGAUUCCGUCCUCUGUCUUCUCACUGCACAUGGCGAACUUGCGGGGGAAGGGCCAGAAGCGGAUCACCGGGUUCCGCGAGUAUUACGACAACGAGGCCGACCGCUUGGAUUUGAAGAGAGCGUGCCUGAACUUACGACUCACGAAAGUUGCCAACGUCACGUGCUCGAAGAAGCCGAAGCCAGGCGAUGAUCCCGUCCUGGUUCAGAUAGGCCGCGGUCGCGUGCAGGCCCAGGUGACGACCGAGCUUUGUGAUGUAUUAGCGAACCUGCACCACGACGCGAGCCUCGACCUCACUGACACUGUCCUUUCUUUGCUCAGCACGACCGUGCACGUCUGCCUGCGUUUCGGGGAUUACAACGUGUUUAAUUAUCUGUGGGAGAUGACGCUGAAAUACAAUCCUGACGAAUGCGUUAAUGCAUGCGGAGUCUUCUUACGCACUCCAGCGAGCAAAUUGGGCGGCGGGUACGGCGUGCUGCUCCAGUUAGAGGCGUUGCAGUACCCCACCCUCCCAGAGCAGUUGGAUUUCUUGCUGGGGGACUCCGUGCAGGAGGAGCUCGUGGAUAUCGUGAACCGCAUGGGGCACGACUCGCUCGACGCGGAGCGCAAGAACCACCAGGACAGGCGCAGCGCCAAGAAUCAUAGGACUACCACCUUGGCCAGGGGUUCCCGCAAUGGGAUACUCCGUGAGUUCCGGACUUGGAGGCUGCGCCACCUCAGCGAGGCCGCCCAGAACAAGCGCGUUGAAAAAUAUUUGAAAAUGGGGCCAAUGGCUUGCGCUGUCCAGGAGAUGCCGCAUUUGAUGCCGCGCGGCAGGGGCAAAUUGCAUUGGGAGGGUGACGUGCCCACGAGCGUCCAGAAGCAGUUGACUUUCGCUGGCGACCGCGCCGCGCUCGAGCGGUAUUUAGCUGAUAAUCGAGAGCGCUUGGCGGCAAAGGCGGCCGCUCUGCGCGCCCGCGCCAAGGCCGCCGCCAUUUCCGGGCCAGCGCUGCUGCCAGUCACGAACAAGAACUGGCUCGACUGGAUGGCCGCCAACGAGGCGGUCUUCGCCGAGGCUCUGCGUUCCGCUUCGGCGAAGAGAAGAGACGCUUUCAACAGGAGGCUCGUGGCGUCAGACUUCCACAGUGAGCUCGAGCGCCUUAGCGCGCCCCUGCCUGCGCGCCCGAACUGGUCCCGUAAGUGUCGACCGAGCAAGAGCGGGCACGUCUUCCUCUUGAGAUUUCCUGGCGGGCCGAACGUCGCUGUCUUGUGCGACGAGGUGGGGAAUAACAGCUGGGCCGUUGAGCUGCUCCAGGUUCCUGGCGGCCCAGAGGGCGCGCUGAUGCUGGACUGCAAUCGCUUGGACAGGGCGUGCAAGCCCAUGGGAGCCAUCGUUCUCGGCGCAGGCGGGCACUGGCAGGAUGCGGCUGAGCCAGAGGUGUACGCGUUGACGGUAUCCGUCGACCGCGUCGACAAGGGCCGAGUAUACCUGCAGGCAGUGGACCAUAGCUUGAUCGAGGUGGUACCGCCGCCGCCGAAGCGCUCCGGGGCGGACGAUACCCCGUGCGAAGAGAGCAGUUCGGACGACGACGAGGGUGCCGCUGAGGCGUCUGAUGUCGACGCCGAAACCGAGGAUGAAGCCAGCUUGGUGGAUGACAUGGAGUCGGCGGCCGACGUGGACAGCGACGCCGUCUCUCAUGGGGGUGGAGAGGAGGGCGAGGCGGAGACUGAGGGCGACGUGGAUGACGCGGGCGACGCGCCCGCAGAGCCCGUGGCCGCCGGUCCAGCUGGCGCGCUGCCGGGGACACAUGUGUUGUGGAACAACGGCUACUUCUACUUGAGCCACUACGGCGUCGAUGCCAAGAUGUACAUCUGCCCGACGUGGGCGGAGGUCGCGGCGCUACGUCGCGACAUUCAGGGGUGGGACCUGCGGGCAGCCACGCGCAAUAGACUGCGCGACUGGGCGCCCGAGGUGCUCGCAUGA